AUGUCAAAAAAAGUAUCAUUUGUACGGGGUUUUCGCAUACCAAAACAAGAAGAUAUUGAUGCAGCACUCGGUCAUGAUGCUUUAUUUUCGAAUGAAUUCAAAAAUUCAUUUGAUUCAUUACCAACUCCGACAAGUGAUCAAGAUUGGUUAGCAAAUUAUAAAGAAAAAGGCCAAACAUAUACAAAAUUUCUUGAUGAAUGUCCAUAUCUCGAUGAUGAUAGUUCAUUACAAAAAUAUAUUUAUUUAACACUUCUCGAUAAUGAUGAUCGUUUAUCAUUAUUAAAUAUUAAUCAUUUAAUUGAUUAUACUCAACGAUUUUUUCAAACAGAAGUUAAACUUCUUCCUUUAUUUACAAAUUUUAUUUGGAAUAAAUCAAAACGAACAUGGAUAUGUACAACUAAAAGUAGAAAUGGUUCAACAAAAGAAAUAACCCUCCGUACUCGCUAUGAUCCAACAAGUGAACAUUCACAAAUUUGUGUAGAUAAUGUUCUUACUCUAUUAAAACGUUCAGUUCCUCCUGAUGCUCGUUGUUUAGUUGCAAUAACAUUACAUGAUUUUUAUUCGAGUGAACCGGAUUUAUUUAUCGCUGGUUUAGCUCAAGGAAAUGCUCGUGUUGCUGCUUUUUCAUUUUUUCGUUAUGAUCCUCGUUUAAAAUUUGGUGAUGAAUUUUGGUAUGAUUGGAAAAUGAAACAAACCCAAUCAAAGACGAUAUCAAAAACUCUUUUACUUCGUUCAUGUCGUCUUUUAACACAUGAAAUAGGUCAUUUACUUGGUAUUGAUCAUUGUAUAUAUUAUAAUUGUUUAAUGAAUGGAAGUGGACAUUUAAAAGAAGAUUUUUCACAACCAUUAUUUUUAUGUCCAAUUGAUAUGAGAAAAUUAUCUGAAUUAGCAAAAUUUGAUUUUAUUCAACGAUAUGAACAAUUAUUAGAAUUUUGUACAGAAAAUCAAUUUAAAGAUGAGAUCAAUUUAUUGGAAAAACGUUUAGAAAUCUUGAAGAAUGAUAAAGAAAUAAUCGAAACGAAAAAGAACAAAAAUUCUGAUGGUGAACAAAUACAAAAAGUUAAACGUUUGAAAAAAAAAUAA